GGCUGAGCACACCGCUUCUCGCUCUGGUGUUCAGUCCCACCCGGUCCGUCAGCUGUGCGUCACGUGUCGAAUAAUACCGCGCGUUGUAUCGCAGUGUUUUGCCACGCCUGUCGCUCCGUUCAAUUUAUAAAACAACCGGUAUAAAAAUAAAAACAAAUAAUAUAAAGUUGAAUAAAAAACGAGUGUGUUACGAAAAAUGUUUUGAAAUACAAUUUCAUUAUAACGCGCUUCUGUAAAAGAUAAUAAAUAAUAAACAUCGUGACGUUUGCCGACAAAAAGACACUCUCGUUAAAGGAAACCAGCGUUAACGUGGCGUAUUAUGCUGCUUGAGACGAUACGUAAAUACGCGCGUGUGACUAAAACGCACGGGAAAAAUGAGAAAUAUGUUGUACGCGGCGUGACUAUAAGAUACAUAAAACGCCGUGCAAUCGGCAAAAAUUCAUUCAUCGUUUUUUCAAGGCCACGGAGACCACCGCUCGGUGUCGCGUUUUAGAACAAAAAAACGAAACUCUCGCGUUGUCCCCUCCCCUUGCUCCUGAGCAACCUGUUGUUCGGAGUGUUAACAUGAGGAUUGAGUGAGAUUUGCUGCUAAAAAAAGGAAAAGUCAUUCCGCGUUUCGUGGUGAUCGAAAUACGCGUGGUAACAUGAGCUGAAGAGACGCGAGUUUUUUCGGUCAGGGAAAAUAAGUGAUUCGUGUGUGAUUUUUUCAAUCGAGUACUGUGCACGCUCGAGUGUGAUUUCGUCAGGAAAAUUGGUGACGCACAACACCGUUGGUCAGCGCGCUCUGUAUCAACGUUCAAAGUAGUCGAAGCCUUCGUAAUACAAAAUUUAGCUUCGAUAUCGUUCACUUUUUCUCCUUUAUAAUCCCGAGUGUACAAUCCCAUGUACAAACUGUGUGCUCACAAAGAAUUCAAAGUUAACAACAACGAGAAGUGUAAAAAAGCUGCUCGUUAAGUCCUCGAGCCGAGAGACCGAGUUCAGCUGUGUUUUUCGUCAGCGUCCGCCGAUCAUCUCUCUUUGGCUCGCGUUCGCUCCUGUGCUGUGCGCUCGUCUGUCCCGGCAAAGAAGCGUGCUCGGAGGAAAUCGGGGCUAGGUUAACGCGCAUGCGCAUACAGUAACCCUGUCUUUCGUUUCGGUUCGUGUUUAUCAUUGUUAUUAUUAUUGGUGUCGGUUCAGUAUUGUGUGUGCGAAAUACACACGUGGAAUUCAAACGUCCCUCGGCAACCGCAAGGCGGCGCACCGCUCUCCUCUUACCGGGGCUUCGGAGGGAGCCCAACAGGCUUUUUUAAAACUUUUUCACUCUCUCUCUCUCUCAACCGCCCCCUCGCCCUUCUACUUCGGGCCGUUUUCACGAUUUUCCUCCGUUCUAGCGUAGCGGAGAAGGAGAACGAGAGGAAACGCGAGUGAGCGUGGAAAAAUUUUUCUUGCCGGCCGGUCUCGCGUACAUACUCGUGUCCAAGUUAUCUCGGUUUUUCGCCUUUAUUUUCACCUUCGCGCGCCCAUCUCCGCGCGAAAAAUAAUAGUUGCAUCAAUCACGAUUAAGGGCCGCGAGUUUUGUGAUCUUACCAGUGUCCAGAAAAGCGGCACGAUCCUGGAGAAUUCACGCCCUAAACACGUACUCGUAAUAAUGUCGACCGGCAAGAGAUUGGCUAAGCGGAGUAUUAUCGGUACGAGAGUCGCUGCACCCGGUAACGACGGCAAAUAUUAUACCGGCUCGAUUCACGCACUCAAAUCACCCGCUUCAGCCUCGAGCGAAAUCGGCCUUAAUAUCACAUCCAAGACUCGCUACGUUGUCAGAUUCGACCAAGUCCCGGGCGGCAGACCACCGAGCCCCAACACCGAGUACGCGCGCAGAGAUCUCAUUGGACCUGGCUUCGGUCUCGUCUCCUCAACCUCCCUCGUUCCCGGACAAAAAGUCUAUCUCACCUACAACGGCAGAGAAAUUAACGCUGAAGUUAUCGAACAUCGUAAACAGCUCGAAGAAGUUGACGUUCUAUUUGCACCCAGCGGCCAUGAGGGCACAAUGACCUUGACGAGACGCAUCGACGAGAUCAGACUUUUGGAGUCGCGCAAAAGUGCUCGGCUCGCAGACCAGGACACCGAUUUUGCAAGGUUGGCCGACAUGGCCGGCGAUCGUAAACGCGCAUCGUCGCACUCGAUCGAAGUGCCUCACGUACCCGGUUCGAGAAAACGACGACCGAGCACCAGUUCGGAUUACGAGAGAUCGUACAGCGGCGGUGGGAGCGCGAGUACCAGCAGCGGGAGUGGUAACGGAAAUUCCGGAUCGAGUGAAAUAAUGGGAAUACCACAUCGUUGCGGACGCGAGGGUUGCGCCGGGUUCAACGAUAAGGGUGACUGCAUGGACGAGUGUGCAGCAGCUCUCGUCCUCAUGUCGCUAUCUUGCUCGCCUCACAGUCCUCAUGCGACACCGUUUCACUGCCAGCAAAAUUACGGUUCUUGGGGCGAUCAAGGAACCAAUGCCCCGAUGGUCGGCUCACCGAGCGCCGGCGGUGCCUCAAGCAGCAGCAGCAGCGGAGCUUCAUGGCGUACCGGAACUCCGAGUCCGUCGCUCAGCGAAGAUGGCGUUCCGACCAAUGGCUCAAUAUGGCCGAUCCCGGCCCAGCAUCCAUCGCACAAUCAGCUCGCAUAUCCCGGAAUCGUUUCCGGCUUACCCUUCGAGGGCACACCAAACGGGGCACUCGACGAAGGCAUCGUUCCUGAUUACCUCGAAGACAUGCAUCCACAGAAGAAAAAGAUUCGGUCCCGAAAUAAUCGCGUUCUCGUCGAAAACAACUCACCGACCAAUCGCAAAAAACUUUUCAAAUGCAAUUGGCGCGGAUGUGGAAAAAUCAAAGCCACCUGCCACCUUAUCGAAGAUCAUGUUCGUCAAGUACAUUUAAGGAAACCCAGAGACAUGAAGGCUAAAAUAAAAGAUGAGGAAUUUUAUUACGACGAGUUGACGCUCGAUCACGUGAGCUCACCGCCGACGAUGUCGCACCGCGAUAUGGCACGACCACCCCACGAGGAUCCUGAAUAUCAGAAACUCCUACGUCUCGAGGCCGCACCGGUUGCAAUGAUGAGCAACGUGAAUAAUAACAUCAAUGGCUGCACCAAUAAUAAUCCGAAUGCACCAAAUGUCACCGUUUCCGGUGGUGUCAUAAGGAACGGUUCCAACACCAUUUUCACAUUCGGAGUUUCACCCUCGUCGGAGUCUCAAUUUGCCCAGCAACACGUAGAGGAAGAUCGACAAGACGAUCAGGACCGAUUGCCGGAUAAUCAAGAACAACAGAACCUACAGCAACAACACCAUGAUCAAAAAGAAGAAAAUGAGUCACACUUGAGUCUGCAGAUGCAACAGCAGCAGCAGCAACAACAGCAGCAGCAGCAGCAGCAUCAUCAGCAACAAAAGGGAAACAACGGUGCGGUGAAGCACAUAAAGCUUUCGCCAAGGCCACUCCAAGUGUGUCAGCAGAAUGUUCGUCUUUUGACCGUUUCCACUGGGAAAAUGACAUCGUCACGAAAAAUUCGCAGUGACACGAAGAAAUGUCGUAAAAUUUACGGUAUGACGAACCGCGAUCUUUGGUGCACCCAGUGCAAGUGGAAAAAAGCAUGCACUCGUUUUGGGGAAUAGGAAAAGUGUCCGCCCCGUCGUCAUCGCGGGCGGAAUUUCUCGCCGAGCCGACUUCAGAGUUUUCCACUUUAAAUAAAAAGAAGAAAAUUAAUAUAACAACAAUUACAACAACAACAGAAACAACACCAACAGGUUAAAUGCAAAACAGAUAAUAACAAGAUAAAAAUAACCGAAAAUAAUAUAUGACUACGAAACAAUCGGCAACAUUAACAAUAGAAAUGUAAGAGUUGGCGAAAAGACCUCGAAAUGAAAUCUAGAGAGGAGGAUUAAAGACGAAUGAAACCUGUUUUUAUCGAAAAUGUUACACAGGCCCUAAUCAACAAAUACGACGAUAAUUGACGAUGGAGCAACAACAGAUUGAGAAAUAAAAAGGAGAAACAGCGAGUAAAAAGAAAUGAAUGAAGCAGCGAAAUAUGAACCUGAAACACUGCCGAAUUGCCAACGGAGAAAGUUCACAUUUCGUGCUGCUUGUGCAUUCGAAUGGACGAUCGCGCAAUAAUAAUAUAAAGAGAAAUAAAAGUCUUGAGAGGCUCGAUUUAAAAAAAAAAACGGAUAAAAAUUGUUAUUACGCAUAAAUGAUAGUGUGUAUUUAUACGUAUGUAUAGCUUCUUUUGAUCCGUUUGAUGAAGCGUCGUCCAACGAACUUGACAAUCUCUCUACCGACUGUCAAUCCAUUCUACAAGCCGCACUCUCCGUGAAGCUCAACGAUCUCCCAGUGCGGCAACAAUUCGUAGAAUACUGAUACGAAGAAAAGAGCGCACCGUUGCGUACGAAAGCGCCCGCAAACACUCGGCCGAGGUGACUGAGAAAUCCGUGACAAAAAAAAAUGAAACAAAAGGAAAAAAAGGAAAUCCCAUGACGGAUGGCCAAAGCUCCCUUUGACGGAGAAUCGCGAAUCAAAUCUUCUUCCUCCCUCAGGAACAAUGAGAGACAAACGAUAAUAAACUUACUUGUUUUAAAUUCACUAAAAAAACACGAGAACAAAAAUAAUGGAAGAGAAGGAAAAACUUUAAAACGAGAAAAGAAGAAAGAAGCAACACUGCGGAAGGAGGUUUCGGUAGAGAGAGCUCAUGACUCGCACGCUCAGCGUGCUAAUUAUUGAGAUUCAUUUGUUUGUUAUUUUAUUCGAUCAUUGUUCUUUCAAUUGGGAUGUUAUGAUCGAAAGUGGAUUUCGAUUGAGACGCUAAAGAAUGUCGCGUUCGAUGAGUAAUCUCAUGACGAAUUUGAAAAAUGACUGGAAGUCGAGAAUCACGAUCGGCCUUUUGAGACGUGAAUCUUUUUGGACAGAAAGAGCGAGAGAGCUCAUAUAAAAAUUAAUACAUAAAAAUAAUCUUUGAACGACUUCCGGUGAGCUUUCGGUCAUACGCAAAAUGGCGUUGAUCCUUGAAACGAGCGAUCGUGAAAUAUUUCGAUGCCAAGUACUGAGUGAGGCAAUAAAGAAACCAAGUUCGAGAGAAAUUUUGAUUUUGCAUCUGGAUCAAUGUAGAUCGAAAUCGUGAAAAGAGUAGCGUCCAAAGAGUUUUGCUACUGCUUGCGAGUCCGCGUGUCUCUGUUGAAUAUCGAUUGAGAAUAAAAAACCAGAAGUGCGAGGAGAAGAAGGGAAGGAAGGAUGAAAAUAAAAAGAAGACACACGAGAUAAGAGGUCGAUAAGGCCAAGGUCAAAGUUAAGCGAAGAAGGAGUCUUGCUUUCGUUAUCGAUUGGAGAUGAAACCGGAGCACAUGCAUGAAAAGAAAGGGAAAGCUUAAAGAAAGUGACAUUGCAAAGCUGGAAGUAAUUGUGAUAUUUUUGAUUACUCGCGUAUAAGCCCCCUUCCGCGAAAAGAAGUGGAAAAAACGAGCGCGUUAAGGAAAUCACACACACAUACACGCGCGCCCGCGCGCGCGCGUAACAUUCUCGCCAACAAAAUCACGUUCGCAUACACGUGAAAAAAAAACACAACGUUACGAGAAAAGCGCACGAAUAAGAUUUUGAAUCUCGAGGGGCUUAUCGAGUUAUUACAAAAAAAUAAAAAAAGAGAAAAACAUAAAUUGUUUCGUAUACACCAAUAUUCAAUACUGCCAGACAAAUAAUAAGAAAAAAAAAUUAAAAUGCGAAAAAAAGAUUAAAUAAAACUAUGAUCUUCGUUAAAUGACGCGCGAGCGCGCAACGAGGCGACUCGUCCCGUCUGCUGGCUAAGCGUAUAGAGAAGUAAAGAGAAAUGAAAAGGAGAAUUUAAGAAAAAAAAAAAAAACAAGAUGAACGAUCGAAAGAUCGAUCGAUCGAUUUGAUUCGAUCGCGAGCGGAUUCGAUGAUUCAUGACGACGUAUCACGCGCGCUCCAUAGAAUAAUUGUAAAUACAAAAAAGAUAAAUAUAAUUAUAUUGUUAAGUAAAUAAUUCCUAUAUAUACAAAUAUAUAUAUAUAUAUAUAUAUAAAUUAAGUUAAAAGCCGGAUGUUAUCGGGUUUAUAGCUAAAUGAGAGAGUUAAUCCAGAAAGUGGCAACGAACACGCGCCUGAGGGAUACAAAACACUGGCAAGGCUGAAAAAAUUUAAAUCAAUUACCACCCUUUUUAUACACACAUAUAUAUAUAUAUCUAUGUAUAUCUAUAUAUAUAUUUAUUUAUAUAUACUUACGUAGAUAUAUAUAUAUAUAAACGUAUGAAUAUUAUAGAUUUGAUUGAGUUUUACCGUCUCUCUGAUAAUUCAGCAAUACGAAAAAAAGACUGAUCGCUUGCUCUCACCUUCUUCAGCGUUGCGUUCCCUUUCUCUUUUUUUAUUCUCUCUCCCUCGUUCUCUCACUGUCUCUGUCAAUGUUCUGUCAUUUACAUUAAGCACCUCGUGUUUUCGUUAAAUAUACUUGUUUGCAUGAUAUUUAUUGUUCAAAAUGAAAAUUUCCAAUUGUCGGACUUUGCAUCUU